UCCGACAGACCUGCUGACUGCUUAGAAACUGCCUCUGAGGGGAAUUCACACAUAGAGAAAGAUGAAGACAAACAAGUAACAGAGACGACAACUUCAGAAAACAUCAGGCCAGCACCUCCAAGCCCGUCAUUACAGGGUCAGCGCUCCAUCGCCGUUUUAGAAGAUGAGCCACACAGCAAGGAUGAAGCUCCUCUUGUCACGCUCUUAGACUGGCAAGACUCCCUUGCCCGUCGCUGCAUCUGUGUCUCCAACAUUGUCCGCAGCCUCUCGUUUGUCCCGGGCAAUGACUCGGAGAUGUCAAAGCAUCCAGGGCUGUUGCUACUGCUUGGCCGCCUGUUGCUUCUCCACCAUCGUCAUCCAGAGCGCAAGCAGGCGCCUUUAACCUACGAGAAAGAAGAGGAGGUGGAUGAGAGUCAUGGUAGCAAGAAAGACGAGUGGUGGUGGGACUGUUUGGAGGUACUGCGGGAAAAUUGCUUGGUCACUCUUGCCAACAUUUCAGGCCAGCUUGACUUCUCUGUCUACACUGAGAGCAUCUGCCUGCCUCUGCUGGAUGGCUUGCUCCAUUGGGCCGUUUGUCCUUCAGCGGAAGCCCAAGACCCCUUCCCUAGUCUUGGGCUCAACGGCGCCUUGUCCCCCCAGAGACUAGUCCUGGAGACCCUCUGUAAGCUCAGCAUUCAGGACAACAAUGUGGACCUCAUUCUGGCGACGCCACCUUUUAGUAGAUUAGAGAAGCUGUUUGGUAACCUCGUGCAUCUAGUUGGAGAGCGAAAGGUGCCUGUUUGUCGGGAGAUGGCAGUCGUGCUGCUGGCCAAUCUCGCACAGGGUGACAGCCUGACGGCCCGUGCCAUUGCGGUACAGAAGGCCAGUGUAGGGAAUCUAUCUACUGCACAUGCAGGGGUCACACUUUGA